AUGUCAGAUGUACAUUUUAACGAAAAUUCUGAUAAAAUUCCUUCAUUAACAGAUGAUAUAUCUAAUAAUGAAAACUCUAUUACUACUCAAACACCAAUUAAAAUUAAUUCUGUCAAAGAAGUGAAUAUUGCUUCUAAUUCAGAAGAUUCACCUGAGUCUUCAACUCUGGAAGAUAAAAAUAAUGAUGGUUCGCUUGGUAUGAAAGAUAAUGAAGAAGAGGAGUUUCAAAAUAUUGAACUAUAUACAAAAUCUACUCAUAAAACAAUAUUACAUUCAGAUAUAAAUUUACCUAACGAGUUUUAUUCAGAAUCAGAUGAAACUUCAAAUAUUAAUUUAUCAAAGACAAUUGAUGAAAUUAGAAGUAUUGAUGAAGAUAUAGAUUUAACAAUUAUUUCUCAUGAAAUAGAUAAACAAGAUGAUCAAGAUGUUUUAAGAAAAAUAUCACCAUUACCACCUCCUGUUUUGUGUAAUAUUAAACAGGAUUAUAAUGAAUCUCCUGAUGAAAUUUUAGAACGUCUUGAAACAACUUUUAAUGAAGGAGAUGUAGAGGCAGGAGUAAUAGUAGAUGAAAUAUUAAAUGUUUUAGUUGGUGGUAUUUUUGAUCUAGAUUCCAAAUUUAGAAUAGAAUAUCCUAAAGCCAUUGAUAGUAUGUUGAAAAUUUUAGAUAAAUCAUCUGUUGAUGAUCAAAUUAAAACAUGGACAAUAUUUAGUCAUUCUGUAAAAAAAAGUUUUAUUAAUCUUGAAGCGUGUUCAGAAAUUGGAUUAAUAUCAAAAUUACUUGAUAGAUUACCAAAUUGUGAAAAUACUGUUGCUGAUUUGAUAAUUCAACUUCUUUCAGUUUUGUCUUCAUAUUCAAUUACUGUCAAAGAAACAAAAAGAUUUUUACGUGCUUUACAUGCUACAAAUGGUGUUUGGCCUAGGUAUUCAGUUAAAUUAUUAUCAGUUAUGAAAGAAAUGCCAAAAAAAGAUACUGCUGAUGUAUUUUUUUCAUUUCCAGGAAAAGAAUCAUCUGGUUUAAGUUUACCUCCUUUAAUAAAAUGGCCCUAUCAAAAUGGAUGGACAUUUAGUACUUGGUUACGUAUGGAUCCAUCUAAUGGAGCUCAAUUUGAAAGAGAAACACCAUAUUUAUUUUAUUUUUGUACAGAGAAGGGUUUAGGAUAUUCUGGAUAUUUCAUGGGUUCAUGUCUUGUUAUACGUUGUAUUAAAUCUACUAAUGGUGGUAGUGGACAAAAAGAGUGUAUAAAAUGUAUAAAACAACCAUUAAUACCUAGAAAAUGGCAUCAUAUUGCAUUAUCUUUUAAUUAUUCAAGAUGGGGAAAAAAUGAUAUAAAUGUAUAUAUUGAUGGUUUAUUAAUAGAAACAUUAGAAGCUAAUUGGUUAGUUUCAACAACUGAUCAUUUUAAUCGUUGUUUUAUUGGUUGUGGUCCAAAUGAAAAUAAUGCAAAUGAAAGUUUUUGUGGACAAAUAUGUGCUAUAUAUGUUUUUUCACAAUCAAUUUCUGCUCAACAAGCUAAUUGUUUAUUUUGUCUUGGACCUGGUUAUCAAAGUUAUUUUAAACAUGAUGCAGAAAGUAAUCUUCCUGAUGGAUAUAAAAAACAUUUAUUUGACGGUUCACUUAAUAAUUCAAUGGUAUUAGCUUAUUGUCCUAAAAAUUGUCAUGAACAAUUAUGUUUAAUGCCUUCUAAUAAAAUUACUGCCUCUAAAGCUUCAUCUGGUUCACAAGCUAUGAAUUCAUUUUUUGUUCAAGUUCCUCAUGCAAUAUUGAAAAAUGUCAAAGUUGUAACAACUCAUUCAAUUCAUUCAUCUCUUCAUUCAGUUGGUGGAAUACAAAUGCUUUUACCAUUAUUUACACAAGUUGAUAUGCUUCAUACUGAUCAUAAUGAAAUGAUAGAUUAUCAUAUUUGUGCUAAUUUAUUAUCAGUUAUAUUAUUAUUAUUAAAAACUUCUAUAAGUGCUCAGCAACAAUUAUUUCAUUCAAAAGGUUUUCUUAUUGUAGCUCAUACAUUAAGUAAUGUAUCUCCAAAUCAUUUAACAUUAGAUGUUUUAAAAACAUUAAUUGAAAUGGCAAAAUUUUUAAUGAGUCGUCAUAAUACUGGACUUCCAUUAUUAAAACAUUUAGUUGAUCAUAUUUUAUUUAAUCCACAAUUAUGGUAUCGUGCAAAAUAUGAUGUACAAAAAGAAUUAUAUAAAUAUUUAAUUGAUGAAGGAUUAGGUAAAAAUGGUUUAGGAACAGUUAUUAGAAGAACACCAGCUGUAUUAGAAUUAGUACAUGCAUUGAAAAUUAAUUAUUGGAUUGCAAGACCAACUGACUAUGUUGAAGAUAGUAAUAAUAUUAAAAUUUGUGAAACUAAACGUAAUGUAGAAGAAAUUAAAAUUAUAAGAAAAUUAAUUCUUGAUUUGAUAGAUAAAUUAAUGUUUAAUAAAGAACAAUUAUUAAAUAAAGAUAAUAAACGUGAUGAAGAAUUUCAAAUAAUAUUUAAUUUUCUUGCAACAGAAUCAAGAGAUGAAAAUCUUUUUGAUAUAUUAUGUCAAAUAAUAAAACAAUUAGCUGUUCAUGCUGCAAUUAUGGUUCCAGCAUUUGAUAACAAUAAAGGUAUAUGUGUAAUUUAUGAUUUAAUGUCAUCUCCAAAUGAAAAUAUUAGAAUACCAAUUUUAAAAAUAUUAGGAAACUUUCUUUGUAGAUCAACAGUAAAAAGAAAAAAUGAUAGUAUUCAUAAUCAAAAUUUACUUGCAUUAAUUAGUGAAAAAUUGUUACAAAAUUGUACAUAUUUAUCAAAAGCUUGUUAUGAUGUAUUAUAUGAAAUAUUAGUUGAAGAAAUUUCUUCUGAAAUGAAAAGUCAAAAUAAUACAAAUAAAAAUAAUAUAAAUAAUAUUAAUUUUGAAAAUCCUCAAAUGUUGAAAGUUAUUACUAAUUUAAUUACCCAAUCUGAAUUAUGUAAUGAAUCUAUGGAAGUUAGAAAAUGUUUUUUACAAGAUCUUUUAAAAUUAUGUAUUUCUAACAAAGAUAAUCGUCGUACAAUUUUACAAUUAUCUGUAUGGCAAGAAUGGUUAAUAUCUUUAGCAUUUAUCUAUCCUAAAACUGAUGCUGAAGCAAAUAUUUCUGAAAUUGUAUAUAAAAUUUUUAAAGUACUUUUAGAACAUGCUAUAAAAAUAGAGUUUGGAGGUUGGCGUGUAUGGGUUGAUACAUUAGCAAUAUCACAUGCAAAAGUUUCUUGGGAAAAUUAUCAACGUGAAAUGAAACAAGAAAAUUCUGAUGAAAAUGUUGCAUGUUAUAGGACUCCUGAUUUCACUUGGAGUCAUGUUCAAUUACGAUUGUUAAAUGAUUUAUUAGAUGGUAUAGAAACAACAAUAAGUAAAUAUAAUACUUCUGGGCCAGUAUUUACUGAUUUUAUAACUGGUAUAGAUAAUCAAACUUUUAUUUCAAAUACAAUACAUAUUAUUAGUCAGUUGUCUGAUUCUUUAAUAAUGUCAUGUGGAGGUCUUUUACCUUUACUUGCUGCUGCAACAUCACCUAAUUCAGAAUUAGAUAUUAUUGAUACAAGUAAACAAGGAUUAGCAAUUUAUGAUUCAGCUCGUUUGUUACAUCGUUUUGCAAUACUAGCUGAUUCAUUUAUUUUUAUGUCAGCUGCUCAAUUAACAGAAUUAGAACAAGAAAAAAAUAUGCCUAAUGGGGGUAUAUUAAGACAAAUGCUUCGUCUUUCUGCAACUGUUGCUGUUAGAAAUAUACUUGCAUGUCGUGUUUCUAAAAAUGAAAGACCUUCUUUAAUACUUCCUGGAGAUAAUGCAACACAAAAACAGAUACAACGUGCUGAUGCUAUAAUACAAUUUAUUGAUGAAUGUUUUCCUAAUUACAAAAAUGUUCUUGAUAUAAUUAAUGGUUUACCAUCUCCUAAUUUUAUUCCAGAUGUUGAUGGAUUAUUACAAAAUUCUGAUUUAUCACGUCUUCGUGGAAUUGUAUAUCGUGAUAUGGAUGAACCAAGACAAGCACAAUUUUUGGCUUUAGCAAUAAUUUAUUUCUUGUCUGUUCUUAUGGUUUCAAGAUAUAGAGAUAUUCUUGAACCACCAACAACUCCAAGUCCUUUUUUUGAUACUAAUAAUUCGGGACAAACUUUAAAAUCACCAUCAAUUAAUGGUGUAGAAAAAAAUUUAUCAUCAAAAAAUUCUUUAAAUUAUGAAGAUGAGAUAUCUGAUACAGUUUCACAUAAUAUAGAAAAUGUAGAUAAUAAUGAAGAAGAAAAUGACAUAGAAGAAGAAAAAACAUUGAAAGAAAUUGCUUCUAUAAAAAUAAUUGAUAAUACUACAAUUGUUAACAAACCUACAAUUGAAGAAACAAAUCAAUUAAAUCAUUUCAAUAAUUCUGAUGCAAUAAAAUUUUUAUCAAUGACAAAAAGUGAAAAACAAACAUAUUUAACAGAAAGAUUACAAAAAGCUCUUGAAUCUACAGCACCUGUUCUUCGUGAAAUAAUGAUUGAUUUUAAAAAUUACCUUCAAAAAAGUCUUCUUGGUACACAUGGACAAGAAAUAAUGAAUGAUGAUAAAGUGAUGCAAACUUUAAAAAAUCUUCAAGGUUCUGUUAUAGAAUUAGUUAUGUUACUUUGUAGUCAAGAAUGGCAAACAUCUCUUCAAAAGCAUGCCGGAUUAGCUUUUAUAGAACUUGUUAAUGAAGGACGUCUUAUGGCACAUGCUACUAGAGAACAUAUCUUAAGAGUUGCUAAUGAAGCUGAUUUUAUUUUAAAUCGUCUUCGUGCUGAAGAUGUAUCAAAACAUACAGCAUUUCAAAAUGAAUCAAAUGAAAGAUUAAAAGAAAGAAAAGAACAAGAAAGAUUAUGUGAACAUUUAAUUGAAUCUGCUAGAAGAAGAGAUUUAUUGAUAGCAGAAAAAAUGUUAGAAAAUAUGAAAACAAUGAUUAUGUCACCAAAUGGAGCAUGGUCAAAUAAUGAACAAGAACCUGUUAUAUUUUGGAAACUUGAUACAUGGGAAGAUGAUUCAAGAAGACGAAAAAGAUUUAUACCAAAUCCACAUGGUGGAAGACUUUCAAUGGCAAGAUUACAUCAAAAUAUAAGUAAUAUAUCUGAAGAAGCUUUAUCUGAAUCAAGACAAAAAUUAUUAAAAGAAUUAAAAAAAAGGAAUGCUAUUGUUUCAUCACUUGGAAAUAAUUCACAAGAACAUCAAGUUGAAGAUGCGGAUAUAUGUAAAUGGUUAGAAGAAAGUAUGGAUAUGGAAAUAACAAAAAAAGAUAGUAAUUCAAUUUAUUCAACUCCCUGUAAAUUAAUUGCUCCUGGUUUAGUUGUACCAGGAACAAUAUCUAUUACAAUGACAGAUUUUUAUUUUGAUGCAGAUGAAGGUGAUGAUUUGUAUGAAAAACAAAAUCCAAAGGUUUGUUUAUUAAGUUAUAAUAAAAAAAAUUUUUUAACAAAAAUUGAGUUUAAUAUGAAUUGA